CAGCACGGCUCAGCUCAGCUCAGCAGCGCAAACAUAAAGUUGCUGAGCAUCUCUUGACUCCCUCUCUGCUUCCACUUGACUCCUCCAGCUCCUGCAUCCCGCGUCUCUCCAUCCCACUUUUCAGUCUUUCUGUUGUUAGUGUCCAACCUUUCAGCGUCCACUCUUUGAGUCUGAGGCUUUAAGGUGUGUCUCGACACAAAAAAAAAAAAAAAAAAAAAAAAAAAAGAUGCUGGCUUGUACGGAGAUGAUCACUAUGUGCCUGCAAUCGGCCAAACAGAAGCAUCUUCUGGCUCAGCAGCAGCAACAGCAGCAGCAGCCACCACCGCUGCAUACCACCGGACAGGGGCUGACUAUCUUUCAUGAUAUUUUCCGCAGAGCAGACAAAAACGAUGAUGGCAAGCUGUCAUUUGAAGAGUUCAAUGCCUACUUUGCUGAUGGUAUCCUGACAACUGAGGAGCUGCAGGAGCUUUUCUUCUCCAUCGAUGGACGACAGAAUAAUAAUCUGGACACCGACAAGCUAUCAGAUUAUUUCUCUCAGCACCUUGGGGAAUAUCUCAACGUCCUCUCAUCUCUGGAGAGCCUAAACAUUGCUAUUUUGAAGGCCAUGGAUAAAACAAAAGAGGAGUAUCAGGGUUCCAGUGUGUUGGGCCAGUUUGUCACCCGCUUCAUGUUGAGGGAGACGUCCAGUCAGCUGCUGUCUCUACAGAGGUCACUGCAGUGUGCCAUGGACGCCGUGGAAGAGCAGAGCAGCCCCGCCCCAGGGGAAAUAAAGGCACCGGAGCUGACAGCAGUUCAGAGGAAUGGCAGGAGGUGUGGUCGCAGGAUCCAUAAUAAUCUAUGUUUGUCCUCUUCAGAUCCCUGCUCUGGCAUUCUGACCACAGGUGUCAACAUGGAUGAUGGCGAGAACUGGUGCUCUCAGAUAAACAGGCUGCAGCAGCUGCUGGACAAACUGGAGUGUCAGGGUCCGAAGUUGGAGCCACUGAAGGAGGACACACUGGCCAGCACAUACAAGUCUAACAUCCUGCUGGUUCAGAGGCAGAUGUCAGUGACCGACGAGAAUAUGGACAACUUCCAGAAAGUUUUGAAAAGCUACCUCGAUGCCACCUCAGCCCAUUCUGACAACCUGCACGUGUCCGUUCAGAAGCUCCCAGGAAAGUCGUGUUACAUAAUGUAUGAGUUCUGGCAAGAUCGCAUCUCCUGGAUGAGCUACUUGCAGUCCAACAGCAGCAAAGAUUUCCAGCGCUGUGUUAUUGACAUGUUGGAGGACGCUGAAGUAGUAUCCACUAUGUUGCUCCCAGCUUCCUGGUGGAUUAUGACUAACAACUAACAACUGAAACCAGAAUGUCACGUCUACUGCCUACACUGUCACACAGACAAAGACAUACUGGCGCAUAACCCUCCCACCCUCAUCUACACACUCACACACAUUAACACCAACGAGACAAGAAGAAUUCAAAAGGCAUCCAUGUGUUUGAUGGCAACAGGAGACAAACUAUGGCACAAUGCAGUAUCUUUCGGCAUCUUUUCAUGUUCCUUGGUCUUGGACUGUUCAUUAUCAUGCCAUUAAUAAAGGGAUAGUUGCACCCUUUAGCCAGUCUACAGGCUUCAAAGUCACUGAGUCUCUGCAAUGCUAAAGCUAUUUUUUCUCUCAUAUUCCAGUCUCACUCUCACUUGUGCUUUGGUCUCUUUUCUGUUUGCGGUGUUUAUCUGAUAUUAUGCCAGUGGAAAACACCCAAAAAGAGCAAGAUGCCAGUAGAGGCUACUAGAGCAAGUCUAUGUGGAAUUUUAAAAAGAUUAAAAAAAAAAAAAAGAAGACAUUAUGCCAGUAGUGUUUUGUGCUUUUAAAUUGAGUUGUCUACUGUUGUGUAACACGGCAUAAGUGAAAGCAAAGAGGUCGAAGGGUUUGAUGCAGCUUGAACAUGCAUGCUGAUGUCUGUGACCAAGAAGAAUGCUCUGUUUCCUUCAAAUCCUGGCUGUAUAUGCUGUAUGAUACUGUACUCUUUUAAAUAACUGUCGCUGUCCUUUUGUCAUGUGCACUGAAUGCCAAAAACACUUUAAUUGUAACAGCUAAACUUGCACUGACAUAAAUAUAAACUAGUUGUCAGCUAUUUAUAACUUGUCUCCUCAUUCCCUUUUCUGAGAUUUGCUCACUAAUGUAAAAGCAUCUCUAAAGUGUGAAUAUAUAAGAUUUGUGAGGAGGUUUAAUAUCACUUCACUAUAUAAAAAAAAAUUAUAUCCAUUGUAUUGUACACGUUUUAUUUAAUUUCAUCUGUACAUAUGAAAAUUAAAUAGUCAUAUUUCUGCUGUGCUUUGGUUGAGUAAUUGUCAUCACACAUUGUAAACAAACUGAAAAAAAUUACAUUAAUAAGAACAAUAAAGCUAGUAAUUGUUUUGACAAGUU